ACCCUUCUGAUAACCUCUUCAAACCUUCUUCUGUUCUUCUGACGAUCAUAUUAACUUCUACCGAUCUCAAAAUCCGCCAAUUUUAGUCAUCAGCUGUCGAAUUUCGGUUAUCUAACGUAUGUUAACUUCGUGUUUUUCAAGAUUUAAUGUGAAAAGAGUGAAUUUGUCGAGCUAAUUAAAUGAAUCUUGUGCCGUCAGCACAGCUUCUUUCUGAAGUACAGUUACUUUCGCACCUCAGAUGGUGCUUAUUAUCCAAUCAGUGCUCAGUGUGUGGCAUCAGCAGUCGCUCUUGAUUCUAUUUUUUAACUGAAUGAAUCUACAAUCUACUAUUUACUAUUGCUAUCUAUCAUCAGCGCCUGUCUUUUAUUAGAUUGAAAACACAUCAUUCAGACCUGAGCAAUCACACUUUUCCCAAACUCAAUAUCAAUAAUCCAUGGUCCAUUCCAUGGCUCAGUCCCAUUAUUUCAGACUUUAACGCAAUCAUUCGUCAAUUUAAAUUACGAAACCAGAAAAAAGUUUUAAAGGAAGACAAAUAGUAUAUUAUCCACCCAACUUGAUCAUCCAGCAAUAAAUCUAUUACAAAAGCGGAAAAAUUAAAAAAAAAAACACUAGGGUCUUAUUUUUUAAUAGGAUUCAGAUUUGAGCGUUAUAAUAUUGAUUAGCGCGCCUUAAUAGCCAAUCGAGAGGUAGUAGGUAUCUUCUGGGACUUUUAAAAUCUUGUGGGUUGGCUUGGCUGGUUAGCUGCAGUAAAUCGAAAUCUAUCAAUCUUAAUUUCUUAUCAUUGCUGCAAAUUGUUCUUCUCAUUGUCAGUGCUGGUCCAUUUUUCCCAAUUUACUUCCACGUGAAAUUGUCUUUGUCCCUUCGCAGGAACGACUUAACAUUAACAGGGGAUUAUUACAAAUAGCAAAUUGUGUUCACGUGUGGUUAACUUUCUUGCAAUAAUUGUUUAUACUAUUCCCUUAACCACAGCAAUGUCACCAACUUACCAUAAACAAGCUCCCCCUCCCCCUUUCUCGCUACCACAUGGACAUUAUUCUUCAAUGGCCUAAAUCUGUAAAUCGCACAGCCCCCCUUAAUUUAGGACCAACCGUUUAAUUCGCCACAUUCCCAGUCGCAUAUUGUUGCAUUUGGUAAAAUAUAAUCGGUCUCAAACCUAUCAUUUUCUCUAUAUUACACUAUUCCUUUAUUGUAACCCGAGUCUAGCUCUGGUACUACUAGCAACAGGCUCAGUUUCCAUUUCAGUGCGCCAUUUAAACUAGAUUGUGGCACAAAUUGUAAACAUUGUUGUUGGUACUUGACGUCCAAAACAACUCCUGUCCGAACACUGGUCUUAACUUCCACAACUUCUCAAAUUCCCCCCUUUACCUCAUUCCUCUCUAGUAAUUGUGACAACCAAAUUAAACGACGCCAAUAUUCGGUGCACGCAACCUACAACCAUAAACUUCAUUCUUCGAAAAGACAACUCGUAUAUGUUAGUAAUUCCCGGUCAGUUUUUGUGUUUCCUAUACCCUUUAUUUAUUACACUUCAUAAAAUUCAUAAUAACUAAGGCCCAGUAUAAGCCAUCAGUUUGAGAGGUGGCUGAUAAAAUUGACACCCUAAUCCCAAGUUCUCUUUUCUCCUGUCCAGCAAAUCAAACUACCCAGCUCUAUUUUUUCAAUUUGAUUAUAUUGCAAUCUUAGUGUAGUAUAAAAUAGCUUGUAACUGCGUCGAUAUCGUUUUUGCUGAAACUUCAGCCGUAGUUUGUGUUUUUAAUCCCAAUUUAAUUAAGUUUGAGCCCAGGCUGAUUAGUUUUAUAUACCUGGACUCCGGUACCUGUCACAACCAAGUCUAGUUCACCCGAGGGAGGCGAUUUCUCUCAAUCCCCUACCUGUCGCGAUAUCUAGAAACUCCAUUGGGGUCAAUACUCGACAAAGUGUCCAAUCUGAUACUUUAUUAUUGUUAUUACCAGAGUUCGAGUAUAUUUCUUUUGCUUGAGCGCCGUUUGAAACUCAAACUUUUUGGCUGCUCUCUUAUUGGGAUCCAGCUUGUGACAGUUAACCCUGCAAUCAGGGAACCAGUGGGAUAGCCAAACCUACCCUGCUCACAUUAUCAACUGGAUCUUUGCCAGCCUAGCCGCUAUUAUUGCUUCUCUGAUCCCACAAUUCUGUUAGGACUCGCAGAAUAAAAUUAACCCAUCCCUCAUUUCAAGAUCUAAAGGAUAACCAACUGGUGAAACUAACCCCCUGAAAAUCAAACACACGGAUAAACUGCAACUGAAGCCAUCUGACCGGAUCCGAUUUGGAUUUGGCCGCAAUCAAUUUGAAUAAAUCAGCUGCCAACACUGAAAGUAAAAAGCUCGAAAGUGAAAUUUAUUUCGACCUAAUUUUGACAAUCUUAGGUUUCAUUCAUUUUCGAACAUUUAGUGUAAUAUAGAUUGCAAAAUUUUUGUUUAUUUAUCCUUCUUUGCUAAAUUCUUCUUUUCCUUGUGUGGAUAUUACACCGACAUAUAAAUUAAUUCAUCUGUGAUCUGCGUGUGAAGAUGGUGAUAGAGACGAAUAAUCUGGAGACGAUGUCCCAGGGCUCCAAUGGGUCCAGUCAGGGCAUGCUGGACAGUCACGUGAACGGACACGAAGACGAAGUGAGGACUCUCUUUGUAAGUGGGUUGCCGAUGGAUGCCAAGGCCAGAGAACUCUACCUUCUUUUCAGGGCAUACAAGGGCUACGAAGGAUCUCUCCUGAAAGUGACAGGAAAACAAGUCGAACAGGGGAAAAAUCCAUCACCCGUUGGAUUUGUCAUGUUUGACUCCAGAUGCAGUGCAGAGGCCGCCAAACAAUCACUACAGGGUGUGCGAUUCGAUCCGGAUCUGCCGCAGACAUUGAGACUGGAGUUUGCAAAGAGCAACACGAAAGUGCAGAAGCCGAAGCAGCAUCAGCAACACCAACUCAACCACCAAUCUGCAGCCGCUGCCGCCCUCAUCAACCCCGCAGUGCUGGCUGCAGCCGCCGCCUCAGGACAGUUUCCCAAUCCCAUGGCUGCAUUCCUGCCUGCGGCGGCUGCUGCAGAGACAUGGGCUGCCCAACAACAGGCGUUGAAUUAUGCCGAACUGACAAAUCCAGGGGCAGCGGCCGCCUUCCAACACCACAUGAUGAACCCCGCCAUGCUGCAGAACCAGGUGGCCGCAGCUGCUGCCAAUGUCCAACUGGCUCAUCAGCUGGCAUCGCACCUCUCUUCUCCUCUCCCCACUUUACCCACGUCCGCCGGCCCCUCCCACCAUCACCAGAACUCCCACCUCCCAAGCCAGCAUCACCAAAAUAUCCAAUUUAACAAUAAUAUCCCUACGUCUAGCUGCGCCACCCUAAUGUCUGUAGCUCCUCAGAACCCCCACCACUUCAAUCUAAGCCCCCUCCCCCACCAAUCCACCUUUCCACAGGGGUCCCUAGCUUCCAGUCCCAUUGCGGCGGCCGCGCUAGUUAACUCGCUGAUCUCCCCACAACACGGCGCGACACAGUUGUUUCCGCCGGCAGUCUCGCACCAUGUAGAUAGUAGUGCUACUCUUGUGAUUGGCAACCUAGAUCCGAACUGCACCGAGGAACAACUCACUUGUGUUAUGCAGAGCUUCGCUGGUUUUAGCAGACUGGCCUACCACAAGUACCCUGGCAGCAGCAGCAGCAGUAGUAGUUCAACCAACAACACCUUAACCACAUCUCCCCCCUCCCCCUGCCCCUCCUCCCACCAGGUGGCUGCCACUAACGGACACACCCCCUCUCUAACCCCACUCUGCAUAGCCCAGUUCACGAGUCUGGCGGCAGCAGCUAGUGCUCUGGCCACAUUGCAGGGGUCGCGCCAGCUCAGUGCCAACCACGCAAACCAUCAGGGACAAGGACUUAUCGUCACCCUCAACCCGGGAAAACACGCCCCACAUCUGGGCAGUGGCGUGUUCGGAGAGAAGAUGACGAUAGAGUCGCUGAAGAGGAGCGGACUGGCCAUUCCCAACCCCAACUUCCAGCCCACCCCCAACAGUCACACUCUUGGUCCCCUCCAACCCCCACCCUUCGCUCUAGUGCCGCCACAGUCGUGACUGUCCAAGCAACUACUCCUGUGAGGAACUACUGCAAUUAGUGAUUUUAUUUUUAAACUUCUUUUUGGUGCUUAUUCAUCUGAAACUGCCCAAAUUUAAAAACCAAAAUAAUUAAUUUGAAAUUAGAUCGGUUGAGUAUGGGCAAUUUCAUUGAGCUUAUUAGUUGUGGUCCGCAAAUGCUUGCAGCUUGUUCGGGGUCCAGUCUAAAAUAUGUCUAUUUUAAAUGAUUAUUUUACUAGAAGAUUUAAAUAAUGACAAUCAAAUAUUUAAUUUUAAUUUUGUAUGCUCUAUUUCCUAUUUCGGAUUGUGCGUGGCUCCAGUUCGAUCACAGUUUUCGAUCAUAGAAGUUUCUGUUCUCAGCCAGGAAUGCAUUUGUGUUAAAAAAUGGUCAAAGUUUUUGAGAAACCAUAAAAUUAUUUCAGACUAAAAAGGGUGUGCAGUUUCUGGUGCUUUUGAAAUGUUUUUUAUCAUGGAUGUUAAUAAAGCUCAUUUUCUGUGAUAUUUUUGUUAUCUUUCCGUUUACGUUAUUCUUCAUGCUAUCUGAAUAUAUGUUUAGUGCCGAACCUCUAAAAUGUCAAAUCUACGAGGCCGGGCAAUAGUUUAAUGUCUUCAAACUGUUCAGUUAUUCUCGAAAACUUAGAGAUACUCAUUGAGUAUAUUUUAACCAAUGAAUUAUGUAAAUGUUUAUUCUAAACAAUGAUCUCUAAUUCUAAUUUACGUAUUAG